CUGCGGAUUUUGGCUCAUUGUUGUGCUUUAUUCUUCUCGAUGAGGCUCUGAUUACAAAAGUAAAGUAAUAAGACAUCUCACUGACAUGGAUAAAUCCUUAAUUUGAUGCCGAUCUUAAAAACGGCCAACUGAAAUGAGUCUAUGGUGUGGGUGGCCUACGAGUGCCAGGUCUUGGGAGUCGUCGCUUAUUGAACAGCGUUUCAUCGAACCUCGUAUUCCACCCUCCAAGUACAGGACGAGAGCCGCUGGGACACAGGAGCUGGCAUCGCUGGUCUUCUUUGACUGCGGAAGAUGCUGCGCCGCAUUCACUUCUGUAUUUAUUUAAGGAGCAUGUUUGCCCAUCUUUCUUUCCCUGUCCAUGUUCGUCUGGUAUGACCCUUUGUGACUGAAGCAUUGAUCCAUAUUGAGCGCAAGCAUCUGUCGAUUUAAAACUUUGUAUCAUGCGUUCUAUACUUCAUGCCGUUGGAGUCCUUCCACUCCUCAUUUUGUCUACGUUAGCUAGCCCUGACCUUCCCGUCGAGAAGAACGGUAGAAGCCUCACUCCCGCCAUCAAAUCCAAGCCCCAGAUCGGAGACGUCACGAUUGCUGCGCGUGAUUUGUUCAGCCGUCAAUCAUGCGGCAGAACAGAGACAGAAUGCUCAGACGGUUGUUGCGAAAGUUUGACUAAAUGCUGUGAUGGAAAAUCUUGCACUCCUAUAGGAGGCGAAUGUUGCUCUGAUGGCGGAAGCUGUGACACUGGCGAGAAAUGUUGUGGUGAUGGUUGCGCACCGCAGCUUGCUUCUUGUUGUGGCGAUGGGGGUAGGGAUCCCUAAGUGACCUAUAUGCUGGCCACCACUAACAGUGCCUUGUAGUUUACUGUACACUGGAUAGGGGAAGCUGUACAAAGGUGGAUGGAGAAUGGAUGUGCGAGAAGUAUGGCAGUUAUGAUCAAGCUAG